AUGGUCUGUAGUUGCGUGGAUAUCUUGCUGCCACCAGAUAUAACGCUACCUUUUAGAAAGCAUUUCGGAUUAUUCGCAACUUUGUUAUGGCCUCUGGGCAGACCCCCGCCAGGGACAGCGCGCAAUGAGCGAAAAGAAAGUCACUCAAACUUGCUUGGUUUAUUCGUGUCGGAUCAAACGCCUGAAACAGUCUUAUUUCCGUACUCUGCAAUGACCAUGAGUUAUUAUACUGGCCAUUCGUCACACAGUCACCAGGACUACUACCAGCCAUACUCCCAGUCCAUGGCUGCGUAUUCUUACCAACAGUACAACUCAAGUGGAAUAGGAGCAUCAGGUGGUUAUGCUAUGAAGACUGACUAUCCCUACCCUCACUCCUACAGACAAUAUUACGGCAGAGACUUACAAGCUCAUCAAGACACAGUGAAAGAAGAGGAGGAACCUGAGGUGCGAAUGGUCAACGGAAAACCGAAGAAAAUUCGCAAGCCACGGACAAUCUACUCGAGUUACCAGCUGGGCGCUUUGCAGCGGCGUUUCCAAAAGGCGCAGUAUUUGGCCCUUCCUGAACGCGCAGAGCUCGCCGCGCAGCUCGGGGUCACGCAGACACAGGUAAAGAUAUGGUUCCAGAAUCGCAGGUCUAAGUUCAAAAAGCUCUACAAGUCCGGCGAGCUCUCUCUGGAACACAGUCCAAACGCCAGCGACUCCAUGGCCUGCAACUCGCCGCCCUCUCCGGCUACCUGGGAUAUCAGCACACAUGCUAAUACAACCAACAGAGGGCAGAUUAUGCCACCGCCUCACGCAUCCUCUUCGCCGCCUUUUUUGGAUGAAUGCGGUCAUCGUUGGUAUGAGCAAGCUUCACAUCAGGGCGUUCAGCACACGAACUCUGUGCACCACACGCCGCCCUCUGCGCUCAACACCUAUUGACGUCGUUACGGUCUUCCCUUUGAACUGAAGAGCUAUUGGUGUUUAUGUUUGCUUUUGGACAUUUGUUGGAUGUAACUAAAACGAACAUUUUUUUCUACUUUCAAGUGUUAUCUGUUUUCAUUUGUUUGCACUCUCGUUUUGCCCAUCAUUUGGAUAGCGGCCCUAUAUCGUUGCCAGCACUUAAUGCCAUAAUCCUUAGUGUUCAUAAACAUCAAGUUUCAUUAAACUUUAACAUGUGGGUGAUAUGUUCACUAUACUAAUCUAUAACUUGUGAUGCGUGUGUUUUUAUUAUUGA